CACAAUCAACGUAAAAUAAUAUUGCAGCAUCACUUUCGCCUUGAGACGAGACACAUCCAAAACCGAACAACAACACCAGCACUCUUCGACUCUGUGUUGAUCCCCUCAAGACUCUGACGCAUUUUCAGCAAUCAAAGUUGAAUCCUAAUCCCCUUGUCUUUGAUAGAGUGGCUGCAGAAGUAUCUUUGCAAGUCUUGCUAGCCAGCAAGAAGAACAGAACCUCUUUCGUGUCACACCGUCAUUGCUCCACCUUUUUUGUCGCCAUAUCUCACUUCAGCACAUCCACGACGCACCUGCUGAAGAACAUGUCUUCGUCUCAACACCACCACAAUCUUCAAGAAACUAAACAACACGAGUGGCCACUGGAUGUCUUUCGUCACACUUCGGGCCGAGGCUGGGAAAAGCUGGUUCCGGCGGACUCAAUUCACACCCACACAACUGGCCCCAAUGCCGUUGGAGUGCCCAAUGAGGGUCAUGUCACCAUCCAGCGCUUUCGUCUCAAAAUUUCUGUGAUGGACAGCGAAGGAAAAGUUCUCUCAGAGGUGAUACGCCGCAAUGACGCUCUGUUGUUCGUCUCCAGCAAUCGCCUGCGUGCCAUUCUCUUAAAAUUCAAAACAAUCCAAGAUUGCGAGCAGUUUUCCUCUCGUCUAAUGGAAUUGAAUCCCAUUGCGCCAGAAACAGCCACAACAAGCAGUGAUCAACCAAUGGACUGGGGCACAACCGUUUCCUCAGAGGGGAUGCAUUCUUCCAACGCGGAUAUGGAAAUUGACCAACAGCUCCAGCGAAACGAGCUGCUUUCCUACAUUGUUCGGCUCCAGCAGGAAGAAAGUUUCAAUUCCUUCACAAACAAAAUUGAACAGUUGGUGGAGGAAUCAGGGCUCUGGAUGAUGCAGGAAGAUCCUUACGAUCAGUCUUCCAUGGAAGUGGUCAAUGAUGCUACGGAUAGCGCGACAAGCAGUGCCGGAUUCUCGAGCGGCAGUGAGCCUGCGGUUGAUGAGACCAUGGCUACCGGUACCGGUACAUAGAGGCCCACACAAGCUUCUUCCAUUCUGGUGGGGUUUGUUUGUUGUGCAGAUAGAAAAAUGAUAGAAAGUAUGCUUGAGGGCAUGGCAUUGGUAGUCUUGUUUACUUUAGCUGAUUUGCGCAGUUGUUGUCGCACUGUAGCAUCAAAUCUUUCGCUCCUCCUCUCGCGGAUUGAAGGUGCAAGCCCAACCCCUGCUUGGAUGCACCUCCAACGCUUUCUCCCGCAUCUUACGGUAGUGCUCGCAAAACAAGCUACAUAACUUCCGCCUUACUUCUCGGGAAUCUGGCUUCGAUAGGGGUCUGUCGUGCUAUAACUCAUGGUUUGUUGUGUCCGACCCCAACUUGCUCCACAAGCCAGCUAGUAACAAAGUUCUAAAGCUAUAGAGGUGAAAUAUGAGCUAGCUAGUACCCGUUGAGCAAAUGAUAACUUGUCGGGUUGUGGCUGCACAAAAACAUAAGUGCAACUGUGAUCAGCUACAGCAUCACGUACUCAUCUUCGUCACUCUCUGCAUCGCCUUCUUCUUCUUCAUCGUCCAAUAAGGAUCCACCUGCCAUAUCACCAGUCAAUCAUCCAUCAUGGAGGAUGAUAUCAUGUUACCAUUUUCAUAAUCAGGGCUCUUGUCGGCAAAGGAGAAGAUUUCAGGCAGCCCUGGGUUGGCC